GGCUAUACCAUUCGUGUAUCCAAACAUCUCUCUAGGGUUUUAGUCCUCUUCAUUGCAAAACCCCCAAUCUUCACUUGUAAUCCAUAACGGAAACUCAACUCAAGAAACUUUAAUUCAAACUUUAACGCAGGACAGCAAUGGCCACCACCACCGCCGGCUUCGCCGCCAGAUCCAUUUUUCGUUCCACCUCCGUCAGGAACGCGGCGGCGAGAGUCGCCUCCGAAGCCAAAGCUGCUCGUUCUCCACUACGCAUCUCCAGCAAUAAGCCUCUUUCCAAUCGCAUUUUCAGGUGUCCUGUUGAACUGAGUUGCGUGGAAACAAUGGUGCCGUUCCACACUGCAACUGCUUCGGCAUUGAUGACUUCGAUGCUCUCCAUCUCUCGCCGCGGUUACGGUUGGCUUCCAGAAGGCCAAGACAAGACUAGAUGAAGAUCAAGAAGCAAAGAUGGAAUGACUUGGACUUGUUUGGUUUUUUCAAGCUUUCAAACUAGUAGUGAAUGGUGUCUUCAAUAGAUUAGGCAAGGCAGAUAUUUUUCAGAAAUAAUUAUGAAACAUGAAACCAUGUGAUGUAAAUUGACGUUGUUGAGUGGACAAUGGUUUAUGGAAGCUUAGUUGAAAAGAUCCAUUCAUUCAUUUCAUUCUGUGAUCUUUCUGUACAUGUUCUGGAAUAUUUCUCUGUUAUUGGUAAUCUAAUUGAGUUUUCCUUCUGGUUAAAGUUUACCAUAUUCUUGCCAUCAUUCACUCUUUUCUGAAAGCAAUAAAUGGGACUGAACAUUUGGAUUUAAGUGAGAAAGUUCAUGAUCCAGAUAUCUAUACUUAAUUUUGGGAAUGCCUUAAUCUAACUGCAGAAGAUGCAAGGUCAUAAAUGUACACUGCUAUAAUUGGAACUACAAUAUGAAAGGUCAAUUUUUGGUCUGCGUUAGAUUAUACUGAUAUCUUGGGUGGGGGUUACAUUCAAUCUAGUUCAUUGCUUUUUGAACUGUUGUUUUGUUCUUACGGUCCUCCAUCUAUAAUAUCCAUGUACCUGGGUUUUGUUCCAAAUCUUUCUAUGUGCUUAUUGAAAUAUUCUUAUUUGCAAAAACAGGUGCAAUUUCAUUUUGUUUUGAGUGCCUCUAAGCCUUGAUCAUAAAAGGGGUUGUACAAUGAUGACAUAAUGCCACCUAUGAAGAGUGUUCCUAUUUCAAACUGGGAUUGCACCAACUGCAGUUUUGAAUGAAUAUUAUUUCUUCUAAACCCAACAUAUCUUUUUAAUCUUAAAUUUUCUUUGUUCAGCUAUUUUAUUCUCAUUUAGUACUUUAUCCACCAUCCUAUAUCUAAUGGCACUACAGUGCUGACCUGGUCCUUUUGACUCAUUGUUGAAAAUUGCUAAGACCAUUCUGCAUAUGAGAAGUAAACAAUCUUUAAAAUGGUUUUCCAUAUAGCACUAAGAAAUGCAUCCAUGUUUUUAACAAUGGCUUAAUAUCUGGACUUCAGACAUACUGUUUACAUGAAGGCAAGUACAAGCAGCUAUUUGCCAUCUCCAAGUCUUACCACAAACUUGUAGGUCUUUGCUUUUGAUAAAGUGGAAUAGUCAAAUGUGAUUUGUUUCCUAUACUGAGAUGAAGCAUUCAGACUGUUCAAUAUUUCAUUAUCAUCUAUCCACAAGUUUCUUUUGUUAAAUCAGCUUGUUAAGAAAUAGGCCCAGGCAUCCCUUGCCCUCCUAUUUUUUAUCUCCUUUGUAAUCAUAGAAUUUCAAUUGAUGACUUAAGGUCAAUGUUGCAUUAACAUAAAAUGUGGUCACUUGCAAUGUAUACAUGGCUGAAUCAAUGGAUGCAGUGCUUGGUUGUAGAUUUGGUAUGGAUGGGCAAAUUGACAACCAUACUGGUGGUUCUUCAGUUGCAUAUUAAAUGAAAAAGACAUUGAUUAGUCAAUGAAUAUGAAAACAUCUGUUAGUAUUUUUCUUCCAGAGUUGCAUCGGGAAUUCUCAAAAUAUGAGUUGAACAUUCUUAAGGACGUUUCUCAGUUAUCAUGGUUGAGCAAUUUAUGAAGUGUUGUGUGCAAGAAUCAUCAUCUUCUCUUUGCAUAUUUUGUCCUGUUUUAUUUAAAUAUAGGUGUUCCUCCUUGACUAAAGAGUGACUCAUGGUGCAUGAACUUGGAAGCUGAAUGUCAGCUUUCAACCAUUAGAUUUAUACUUUUUAUGGGUCCUUAAGAAUUUUAGUUAUGAUCACCUCCUCUUUUUUUGCAUGUGUUCGUUAUUAAUUUCAAAUUUCAAAACUUGGGGUUUUUCAUCAGAUUGCUUUAUUAAAAUAAAAUUGAUUUUAGAAUUUUAGCAUCAAUGUGAUUGAUUAGGGAGAUUACUAAUUCUCUGUAUUCAAUCAGCUUGCAAUGAUGAUGUGUGAUGAAUGUCCAGAGGAUUGAAGCAAGGUUUUAUGUACAAAAUUCUGCACUCUAAGACAGUGACAGCAGAUAAGUUAGAAGUUUGAAUUGAGCAUGCAGAAGAGCCAAGUUGGAUUUCUACAUUUCCAAAACCUAAAUGAACUAAUAAUUUUUUGUUGUUUUUUUUCCUCCCUUUGAGGCUUAACUAUAGUACUUUUAGUUGUUUUGACGGUUAAUGCUAAUAAGACCAUUGAAGUCACAUGUAAUGGUUCAUAUGUAGCUCCCUAUAUAAUUGUGAAGUCGCUUUGCUGAUCUUUGAGUUAA